AUGGACGACAUUGACGAUCAGCAGGCGAUGGAUGCCUGUCCGAUUGAUCUCUCUACGAAGAAGCUCGACCAAACAUUAUUUGGUGGUGAUCAACGAGCACGACUUCUUGAAUCGCUUGCCAGCCUCACCACCCCGCAAAAUAUUCUGUCGUUAUGUGCUCAUCUGGCGGCUAGUCGUGACAGUGCCGCGAGAACGGCAGCUCCUUCAGAAGCGUCCACAGCAGUCCCGAUGGAGACGUCCAUCCCUUCUGCACCAUCGCUUUCGCUUGAAUGUCCUGCAACGGGUUGUGAUCAGACGUUUCCAUCGCGCGGUGCUUUAUUAUGGCAUAUCAUGGAGAAGCACCCCAACGAGAAACUGUUACGAUGCAGCCAAUGUGGCAUGCGUUUCGGCGAUCGGGACCAGAUUCGUGAACACGACUGCUCAUCGGCUCUUCCUCGUGCUUCCUCGGCAGGCUGUAGUCGAUCGUCAGCAGCCAGUCCUGAUGCCGAUCGUGGAUCGGUGCCAGCAGUUGCUGGACCCUCCUUCUCUCUUGUGGAGAAGACUCGAAAUGCCCCUCCACCACCAGCUAUAUUUGGGCAGUUUUUCCCACAACGGCAAGGAGGAGGAGGAGGAGGAUUUCUCUGCUCUCCGCCUGCAAAUCUGUUUCCUCUCUCGGUUCCUCCUCCAUUCACGAUUCACAAUGCGCAUCCUCCUCAUCCGUUCUUUAUGCGACCACCGUUUGAUCCGCGGCAGGACAUUUUCGGGCAGCGGCCCGAUGUGAGCACGGAGGAUGACUGGGAAGCGCUUAUGGAGAUCUCGACCAGUGACGAAGCCGAGAAGAUUCGAGCCCUGGUCGGAGACAAGGCCAUGCCAACAACCGAUCCCAAUCAGUGUAUUCUGUGCAGGAGAGUGCUUUCGUGUAAAAGUGCGCUACAAAUGCACUACCGUACUCAUACCGGUGAACGUCCAUUCAAGUGCAAAAUCUGUCAACGUGCUUUCACUACGAAAGGGAAUUUGAAGACACAUAUGGGUGUACACCGAGCCAAACACUCAUUUCGUGGUGUUCCAAUCGGUUUGGGUGGUCCUAUGGGUAGUCCGAUGGCCGCGCCAAUGGCAGGACUCAACGGCUUUCCUCCUCCACUACAACAAACGCAACAGUGUCCCAUCUGUCAGAAGAGGUUUAUGACUGGUAUGCAGCUGCAGAGUCACAUCUCAGAGCAUACUCAAGCGUUGACUGGCAGACAUUUACCGCCGCCGUCUCCUUCCACGCCGAAGCUCCUUCCACACUCAAGAGCUGGUCCGUUCCCAUCGCCGUUCCCGCCUUUGUUUCCCUUUUUCAAUCCGGCUGCGCAAAACGGCACACCAGCUCCAUUUAACCUCGCCCAACUGCUUGGAAAUCAACUCGACCAGAGGCGAGAAGAAGAGCCGAACACCGAGUCCAAGGAAGAAUCCAGGCAAGAAGAUCACUUGAAAAUCCCUUCGCUAGCAAAUUUGGAACUGCCAAAGGUAGAAGUCUCGUCUAUUUCUCCUUCAGGAAGCAGUGAGGCUUCGGUCUCAACCGAGCAAAAUCAUGAACACACUGAUGCAUCAUCCAUGGGACGAUCAGUGGAAUCCGAAUCUGCCGACGAUCGCAAAGCAGCCCAGCAACAGCCUUCAGAAGCGCCUACCAUCACUGCUGUGGAGCGACCGGCGGCUCCAAGCACACCAACUCUUCCGGUCGAUAACCCUUUGGAAGCUAUGCAGAAGAUGUGGGCGGAAACAGAACCGCCUCCACCUCGGCAGGUUGGUUGCCUCAGUAAAGGGAGGGCGCGAAUAUUCGACAGUGGUCCUGCUGAAGAGGCUGGACCUCGUCCUGGUUCGUUGCCGGGCGGUGGCGCUCUUCCAAUGCCUCCACCACUUUGGACUAUUCGGUCCCACAAACAUGGAGAUGAUGAUGAUGCUUUGGCGGACGGUGUGCUCUGUUUGCCAGAAGGUUUGUGCAUCGCCAAGUGA